AUGAACCAUUCCAUUGCUAUCCAGCACUAUCCAAUCGUUCAAGCCAUGAAACUACAAUCUACCGCAAGCGCAGAGGCUCUCGAUCUACUCAGUGCCUCCUCCCUAAUCGCAUGUCUUCUAUAUCAGCAACCCAUCAUCGACGAGCUCAGACUUUGCGGUCGCGAAAUCGAGCUUACGUUGUUCCAAUACAAAUACGACGAGUACUACAAUGAUCUCCCACUGCGCCAUGCACCAUAUCUCCUCACAGAUAUUACAAAGUCUGCCGUUCAAACCUAUAUGAGCGACAUCGGACACGCACUCAAAGCGUAUUCGGCUGAAGAUCUCGAUAGAACCUGUACGCCUCACGAUAUACCCACGAUGCAAACAAUCUUGGUCUCUGCCCAGCGUGCAGCCAGGGGAUUCGCUAGACUUGCAAAGACUCUUCGCCAAGACGCCACACCAUAUCGUAAAAAGAUUCGUGCCGCACUUCAACACCUCGUUGUAUACCCCGAGCUCGAUGACAAUCACGCAUGCCUUGGGUGGACGGGCGACUUAUUCUUCAUUGGAUCCAUCGACCUCUCCGCUUCUUCGAACCACGAGAUGACCAGUCGACUGUUCAAGUGGAAUGAACGCGUAUGGGAUCAGUUUGACCUUUACCUGACGUCGCUCGAUCAACUCGAAGCUCAUUUCACGCGGGUUGCGCAGUUACUACUCUCCGGGUUCACUUUCGAUUCGCAGCUUGCCCACCACCUUGUUGUCUCUAGAAAGCGUGCAGCAACAUGUUUGAUGGCCAUGAUCGAUCAUGUGAUCCUCGUGUUACGCGUAUGGUGGAUCGUAGCAAGCUAG